GGGUAAAAUCUAGGCAUUGGAGCUCCUGCAUCGGGGCAUUGAUAACGUAUAUUUCACAAUUAUUGUGUCUGUUUGUUUUUAAUUCAAGGUGUUAAAAGUUAUAAUUCGUGAAAAUGUUAUUAUACUGUGAUCCAGAGAACGACUCGGAUACCAACCACAAAACAAAGAGCUACGAUAGUAAAGAGGAGAUCAGCAUGCAACCAGAUUCAAGCAGCGAGUCGGCAUCUGAAGACGAAUCGGCUCCAACAGCUGACGCUUUAAAUCAAUAUUAUUAUGAUAACGACACUGCGGAGUCACUAGCGGACAACAUGUAUAAUCUAGCCGUGGAGUCGGACCAAGAUGAUGACUACGAUGAUUUGAAUCCAUCGUCUUCUUCGCAACCACCACCGCUGCCGUUUGUUUUUGAUAACUACGCAGAAGACGAAUCUGAAGAAUCUGAUAUAGAUAACAACAUAAGCGAAAUUGCUGGCUUGGAUCAUCUGGUCGUAAACAGUCCUCUUUGGUACGCGCAUGUAAAGCCACACUUGACUGAACCGGAACGAGAAAAAUUGUGGAACAAAACUCCUUGGAAAGAAAAAAUUUAUUGUGAUGACUCCGAUGACGCUGAUAUUGAUUACGAUGAAGUUGUUCCUCCGCUGAUUAAGAACCAGUACUUCAUCGCACUUAUUUAA